UUGACGAUACUGGAAUGCAAAGAUCAACGAAAUCUAAUUAUAAGUUAAAGCUGUCUUAUAAACAUCUGGGAACACGUGAGGGAAGAUGCAGGAUUGAUCAACAUACGUUUCCAGUUGUUCAUGAGAUUGGACUCUCAGCCAAUUGCGCUUUUGGCGAGGAUGUUGAAUCCACGUCGACAGAAAUCAUCAGAUAAACUAAUGGAUCGUCGUACAAAACAGCAGGCUAGGAAAUUCGAAGAAAACAUUCAUAUGGCAUCGAUUACAGUAGAUUAUGAGACUCAACCUGGAGAUAUGUGGAUGGAUAGUGUUGAUUGUGGUAGUAUAUCAUCUGAAGGCUGUUCUAUGGAGUUGGCAUGUGCCAAACACAUAUUAACAUCUCAUCAACAACCAUGGGAUUCUGAUGAAGUAACACAUGCUCUAUUCAAUCUUCCUGCUGGUGAAACUGCUUUGACACUUAUUCCAACUAUUCAUGGAGAAACUUUUGAGAAAGUUGUUGAAGCAUUAAAGAACUCUAAUAUUUUAGCAACAUUGAAGGAUCAAUUUCCAGUCAUCUCCAACUUUGCUAAUGGUGAUAUGAGAAAGUCUUCUUACGCAGCUCAAAAUGAAACAGCAUCAUCAUCAGCACCAGCAUUAGUUUUAGCAAAAUGGCCAGAAACGUGUCUUUUGGUAGCGUGCUGGCUUGGACAAUACGAAGUGGUUAAAUUAUUACUGGAAAGAGGUACCAACAUAUCAGCGAGAGACGGAAGUGGAAGAACUCCGUUACAUCUGGCAGCAUCAGCCGGACGCAUGAAAAUAAUUGAAGAGCUCUUAAAACAUGGUGCAAAUCCUAAUGAAUGGGAUUCAAAUAAAGAGUACACUGCUCUUCACUGUGCUGCAGCCAUUGGUGACGUUUGCUCAGUCAGAAGCUUGAUCAAAGCUGGUGGAAAUGUUGACGCUGGACUUCCUGGACGAACACCAUUACAUUAUGCAGUUCUCAGCAAUAUUCCUGAAUGCAUAGAAUCUCUUUUGAAAGCCGGAGCUUCUCCUAAUAAUCCUCAAGUUUACACUGAGACUCCAUUACAUGUAGCUGCAAGUUUAGGAUCUGUGCGAAGUGUCGUUUUACUUUUAAACUAUGGAGCUGACGUGAGAGUUCAAUUUGGUCAAGCACGAUCAACUCCACUUCAUUUAGCGGCUGAAGAAGGUAGCAGUGAAUGUACAAAACAUCUCUUGGAAGCUGGGGCUCCGAUUGAUGCAAGAAAUUCAAGAGGACAGACUGCAUUACAUCUUGCAGCUUUAGCACAGUCUGCAGAAACUUUAGAAACACUUAUUGCAGCAGGAGCUAAUGUAAAUAUUGAAGAUGAUGAUGGAAGAACACCUUUACAUACUGCUGUUGCUAAAAGUUUUAGAAGUGGUGAAUUAGUGCGAAUGCUUAUACAGGCUGGAGCAUCAGUAAAUAAAGCAGAUAAAUUUGGCUACACCCCUUUACACAUUGCAGCUUUAAAUGAAAGCUCGUUUGUGGUAACUUUAUUAUUGGCGAAAGGAGCUGAUGUUACUGCACGAACAAAAGGAGGAGUAUCUGCCUUGAGUUUCAUUAUUCGACGAACACCAGACGUUCUUUCUAAAUUUGUUGCACGAUUAGAUCAAGCAAUAUCCUUACAUGAUCAUGAACUUGGCGAUGUUGAUUGUGAAUUAAGAUUAGAUUUUAGACCUUUGGUACCUGGAGGAAGAGGAGAAACUGAUUUAAUGUUAUGCCUAGUAGAAGUGGGACAGAGACAUAUUCUCAAACAUCCACUCUGUGAAAGUUUUCUUUAUUUAAAAUGGCUUAGAAUUCGUAAGUUUUUUCUUUUUAGUUUAAUAUUUCAUUCAGUAUUUGUUGGAAUCUUCUCAGCAUAUAUUGUUGUCACAUUUUUAUACGAUCAACAAGCGUUAAUGAAAAUACUUUUUUGGCCAGUUGCAGUAUUUACUUGCAUUUUAGCGUGCAAAGAAAUCUUCCAAUUAUCACAUGGUCUCUGUAAUUACGUGAAAAGAUGGGAAAAUUGGCUUCAAUGGGGAGUAGUUUUUGCUUCAAGUGCAAUUUUGUUUAAACCAGCUGGAUCUUGGCAACAUCAUGUUGCUGCUGUAGGUAUACUGCUGGUAUGGAUGGAGCUUAUGAUGGUAGUUGGAAGAUUUCCUAUGUUUGGAUUAUAUGUUCAAAUGUUUACCCAAGUUUCUCUUAAUUUUUUCAAAUUUCUCGGAGCAUAUAUGUGUCUUAUAAUCGGGUUCUCUUUAGGAUUUAGUGUUCUUCAUCAAAAUUAUAAAUCUUUUAUGAAUCCUCUAGUUGGUCUACUAAAAACAAUUAUUAUGAUGUCAGGAGAAUUAGAAUUUGAAGAUGUUUUUUUUGAUAAAGAAGCACCCCUUCUAUAUCAAGGCACUGCUCAUUUAAUGCUACUUGCAUUUGUAGUAUUAGUUACCAUCAUUUUGACCAAUCUCAUGGUCGGUCUUGCUGUUUCUGAUAUUCAAGAACUCCGUCGAUGUGCUGGACUAGACAGGCUUGUACGUAGAGCUGAACUUGUUGCACAUUUAGAAAGUAUGUUAUUCUCUAAGUUCCUAGAUCAUUGUCCUAAAAAACUCGUCAAGCCAUGCAGGAAAGGAGCACUUCUUUUACAUCCACCUCAUCACUGCGCUAUCCACAUCAGGCCUAAUGAUCCCCGAGAAAAACGACUGCCGAAAGAUUUAAUAAAGUCUAUUUAUAGAUUAGUAUCGGAGAGAAAAAUUAAAGUAAGAAGUGCUGUUAUGUCAUCUCGAAACACUGCAGAUGGUGAAGAUCAUCAAAGGCUUAGUAGGUUAUAUAGUCUCAGUUCCAAUAACGAUAAUAAUAGACAAUUACUAGAAUUGUUUACUGAAUUCAAAAGGUGUUCUCAAAAUAUUUGCGUACGUUUAGAUACAUUAACAAAUAAAGUGGAAUCGAUUGCUAGAGAAAUUGAGCCACAAAAUGAUUUAGGUACAUCAUUUGUUCAUUCUUGUGUUAAAGUACCAGUCGAUCCUUAUAGUCGUCAACCAACACCAUCCUACGAACGUCCAAGAGUUCAGAGGAUAGAGAAACGUAGGAGUAAUAAAAAUGAUAAGAGUCGUCGCAUUAAUUUUGCAUCACAUUCAUCAAGUGUUCAAGACUCUAACCAAGAAGCUGGUAGUUCAGACGACAGUAAUUUGGAAAGUUUCCUGGAUUUCCUUGAUAGCAUACCAGAUUACCAAGAAGUUUAUCAUCUCUCUAAUGAACAAUUCAAACAGAAGUUGGAUUAUCUGAAGAGAAAACAGAAAUUGUUGUUAAAGAAUUUUAAAAAUUGCCUGGAUCAUGAUGAAAGUAAUGAUAAAUGUCUAAGUGUUCAAGAUAAGCCAAUUCCUCAGACAAUUUUACCACCGUCGACUCCGUCUAUUCCAGAUAAAUCUAAAAGAUGGGAUCAGAAUAGUCGAGAUUUAAAAUUGUUAGGAAAAAAAUGUAGCUUAGAAGAUUCUAGAACAGCAAGUCCUCUACUGUUUUCGUCAGGGACAUUUGCUGGUUUAGCUGAAGAUCAAGAUCUUUUAACCUUCAGAUGUAGGAAUAAAGACAAAGCAAUGAAAACUCUAAAAAAUAGAGAAAUCCAUUCAGCUGGUAAAAGUUGGAGUACAUGGAGCGAGUCAAAAAGCACUGAUAGUGAUGAAAGUGAUUCUGAAAAUAGCGUUGAAACAAGAAGCUUACCACCGAGUAGUCCUAAAAAAUGGCAACCGACUGUUCCAAAACCUUUUUCUUUUGCCUUAAGAGAUGAAGCAGAAAAAUUUAUGAAUGAAACUGAAACAAAAGCCACAGAAAAUAAUAAAGAAGGCUUCAAGAAAGGGCGAAGAGUUAGACCAAUUCCUUUGACAUCUAGAAUUCCUCUUUACGAUAAAUUAAUGGCUGCUAAAGAAGAGAGGAGUCGAAUGAUUCGUGAAGAAGCUGCUUGGAGUUUGAUGUCUCAAGUAAAACCGUUCAAACUAGAAUGUGAUAAACGAGCAGGGAAAGCAAUGAGUCGUUCAAGUCCUGAACUUUAUCGAAAAAAUAAUAAAUCUACAUCAAAAUUUCGAGCAAAACCAGUACCUAAGGAUUUAUUUGGUACAGAAAUUUAUGAUCGAAUGCUUGAAGAAGAAUACGUGCGACAAAUGCAAAAAAAAAUCAGAGCAGCAGAGUUGUUGAAGUCAUCAUCUUUACCACCUUCUAUGGCUAGACGAGAACGCAUAAAAUCAGCAUAUAUUCCAAGAAGAAGAAAUUGUGCCAAUGAUGAAUGUCGUAAAAGUGAAGAUUCAUCCAGAAUGUGUAGCGUUACUCCUAUGACAUCAGAAAGGUCUCGAUCAGUAAUGACAGAUUUUUCUGGCAGAGGAAAUAAUUUGGCUGCUAUUCUUCGAUGUCAAGCAUCGAGGGAAAAGUUAGAACGAGAGAUAAGAGAGAAAAUGGAAGAACAAGCAAAGGAGUAUGCUAUUAAAUUGAGGGAAUCACUGACCAGUAAAAAACCUGCUUGGCGAGCAUUAAGAACAGCUGCGAGAAAGGAUCUCGAGAGUGAUUUAAAUUAUCGUACAUCCUUGCGAAGGGACGAAGCAAGAGAGCAAGCUGAAAGACACCGUUUUGAGAUGGAAAUGAUGUUGGAUCGAGUAACUCGUAUUCCUACACUUUUUGAACGUCAUUCACAGGUAAUUGAUAAUUGCAAAUAG